AUCAGUGUUACCAGUUCUGUUCGAAAUUUAAAAAGUUUCAUUUCAUCUUUUUAAAAAUGCUCAAAGGCAUUCUAUGCGUUACUUUUUUUUUCCUUUUGACUUUUGUGUCCAACGAGGACAAAAGAAAUCGCCAAGUGAAAUUAUUGUCGUUUAACGCAGAAGCUGAAGAUGUGGAAGUUGGCCUGGAUUUUUCAAUACCUUUCAUUAAAAUACCACUGAAAAAAACUUUUAACGCUGUAGCAGAAUUUGGCAUACCCGGUAUUAGUUUGUCGAAAAUUAAUAUAAAUCCAAUUGCCCUUGUGCUCGGCGGCAUGAUUAUUAUUUUUACUAGUUUAGUCGUGCCCUUUGUGAGCAAAGCGUUCGACUGGCACCACUUGGAGCGAUCCUCACGAAAUGAUGACGAUAUAAAUAAUUUCCAAACAUUUUAUUUAACGGAACAACUGGUAGCUCAUAGCCGAGCUUGUCCUGAACGAGUCGCUUGCUGGGCGGGCAGAAGAAAUAAAAACGCUGAACACAUGCAGACUUGGAAACAUAUAAUGAGCAACAAAUUAUUAUCGACAAUGGUCAAUACUACAGCUCUUAAAGAAGCCACUAUGAGAGGAAUUAAAGGACAUGAUUGUGAUUCGUACACCCCUUGCCCGAUAGAUGAGAAAGCUUUGCCAAAAUUAAUGAAGAACUUCGAAUUUUUAACAAAUUCGAGAUAA